UGGGGGCAGGGGGAGGAAUAUUCUCUUGGAAAUGUGAUAUUGGCCUUGCGGGCUCUCCAGCCCUUUGGGCUUUCCAAUGGGAUCUUAGAAGCAGCCGAAGCCGCGUGAAGGGCAGCAGCCCCGGGCCAGCCAGGAGUUGAACGCUCUGCCCUACAGCUCUUCUGGACGGAGGAGCCCAAAGCCCUGCCCUCACCGUUCACCAGGUCACAGUUUUUGUCUGCGUGAACACACAUGGCUUUGUUACGGAAAAUUAAUCAGGUGUUGCUCUUCCUUCUGAUUGUGACUCUCUGUGGGAUCCUGUAUAAGAAAGUUCAUAAGGAGACUGUGCUCAGGAAUGAAUCAGACGAUGACUCUGAGCCUCCUGAGGAAAUGGAGGAGGAGAUUCCUGUGGUGAUUUGUGCCGCGGCGGGGAGAAUGGGUGCCACCAUGGCUGCCAUCAAUAGCAUCUACAGCAACACCGACGCCAACAUUCUGUUCUAUGUCGUUGGACUCCGGAACACUCUGUCUCGAAUCCGAAAAUGGAUCGAACAUUCUAAGCUAAGAGAAAUAAACUUUAAAAUCGUGGAAUUCAACCCUAUAGUCCUCAAAGGGAAGAUCAGACCAGACUCAUCAAGGCCCGAAUUGCUCCAGCCUCUGAACUUUGUUCGAUUUUAUCUCCCUCUGCUUAUCCAUCAACAUGAGAAAGUCAUCUAUUUGGACGAUGAUGUCAUUGUACAAGGUGAUAUCCAAGAACUCUAUGACACCACGUUGGCCCUGGGCCAUGCGGCAGCUUUCUCGGGUGACUGCGAUUUGCCCUCGGCUCAGGACAUGAACAGAUUUGUGGGGCUGCAGAAUACAUACAUGGGCUAUCUGGACUACAGGAAGAAGACUAUUAAAGACCUUGGCAUAAGCCCCAGCACUUGCUCUUUCAAUCCGGGGGUGAUUGUGGCCAACAUGACGGAAUGGAAACACCAGCGCAUCACCAAACAACUGGAGAAAUGGAUGCAAAAAAACGUGGAGGAAAAUCUCUACAGCAGCUCCCUGGGUGGAGGGGUGGCCACCUCCCCAAUGCUGAUUGUGUUUCAUGGGAAAUACUCGGCAAUCAACCCCCUGUGGCACAUUCGGCACCUGGGCUGGAAUCCAGAUACCAGAUAUUCGGAGCAUUUUCUGCAGGAAGCAAAAUUACUCCACUGGAAUGGAAGACAUAAACCUUGGGACUUCCCUAGUGUUCACAACGACUUAUGGGAAAGCUGGUUUGUUCCUGACCCUGCAGGGAUAUUUAAACUCAAUCACCACAAUAGCUGAUAUAACUUGACAUUUUAAGUAUGUCCUGCAUAAAAAUGUGGGAUUGUGCAUUUGUAGCCCUACUAUUUCAUUGUUCUUUAUGAAUAGUACCUUCAAUACAUAUGACCCACGAUGUAAACCACAAAGACUACUGUAUGCAAACAGUACCCUGGGUCGUGCAGGCAUGGACUCCUGAAGUACAGGGGGGAUUCACGGAAAUCACGAUGACGUGCGUGAGCUGUAUUGUUGGAAGGAAAUAAACCCGCCUCAGUUUCAGCAAUUUGCUUAGCUCUGAAUGCAACUUGCAUUCACAAUUUUUAAAAAUUCCUAAAUGUGUUUUUUCACAUGUAGGUAUUUUUUAACAGGUUGCCAGUCUUGUCUUUUGUAAAACAAUAUAUUACAUUGAAAACGUGAAUGUCUGAAAAAAUAAAAUAUUUGCAGAUUUUCUAAUGAUUUUCAGUGUAUAUAUCAUUCUAC